AAGAAAACCAUUUUGAGGAGGAGUGUCGGUCCAAUACAAAAAUUUUAAAUGAAAUCCUAACCUGGAAUCGGCCCAAGGCCAGUUAAGAUGCGAGGAAAGGGUAAUCCGUUAAAAAGCAACGCAGCGUUUAAAUGUCAAUGGCCGCACUUCCCUCACUGUGUCUUUGUAGGUUCCCUGGCAGCUCCCCGAGAAGUUAUAAGAUUAGGGUUCAUCCCUCUCUUCCAAUCUGCCUCACCAAUCCCAAGCUUUCGAGCUCUAUGAGUCAACCAAGCUCCGAUCCCGCCGCCACCAAAACCGACUCUCCGACCGCAGGGAACAACGACGACGUGCUGGUGCAGUACGUGGUUCUUCGGAGGGACCUAAUAGACACGUGGCCAUUGGGGAGCUUGGUAACACAGGGAUGCCAUGCCUCCGUCAAUGCCAUUUGGUCUCACAAGAAUGAUCCUCACACACUCCAGUAUUGCAGCCCUGAAAAUAUAGACUCAAUGCACAAGGUCACCCUUGAGGUGAAGGGAGAAACCCAGAUAUUGAACUUGUCAGAAAAGCUGACAACUGGUGGUAUUGCUCAUAAACUGUGGAUUGAACAGCCUGAAAACAUUCCAACUUGCCUGGCUACAAAACCCUACCCCAAGUCCAUAGUAUCUUUGUUCUUCAAAAAGUUGAAACUUUGUAAGUGAUUAGUCUAGUUCAUAAUAAUUGUCAUACUCAUCAAUAUGGGUCUCUUGAUUCUGUUAAAGCCCUUUUUUGUUUUUUACUAUAAUUCUUUUGAGAUCUAUAUUCCCUAUAUGAGCUUAAAUUUAUAUAUAUAUAUAUAUAUAUAUAUGUAUGUAUGUAUGUAUGUAUAUUCAGCAUUGAAGCAAGGGUUUGCUCUUCUCAUUUAUAAGCUGGCACUAGAGCUACUCGCUGAGAACUCUAAACUGAACAUGGGUUGUUUUGAGCUUUAUCAAGUUUCUUGUUCCGAAAUAAGAAACAGGAGAACGUAACUGACAGAUAAUUUUCCAAUU